AUGGCCAAUCUCAACGGCGAAUUCAGUUGGAACGACCUGAACGCCACACCGGUCGAGCAGCUGAUGAAAUAUAGUGCCCACAAGGGAUACGAUUGUCCCGAGUAUAGGUACUUUCGGCUCAAGAACGGCAUGAUCCAGUGCAAGGUGAACGUCAAUGGGUCACUGUACUCGACAUAUCCUGCGGAAUUUGCAAACGAGUUUGAGGGCCAGUUCGCCGCCGCACUCAAGGCGAUCGAAGCGAUACGGGCCGACGAAUCGCGCCACAGGCACGAGGUUUGCCUGGAAUCGGAUUUGGAGGUUGCGAAUCGUAUUUACGAACUAUUGGCCAACUACCCGAACGGUUUGUUCAGCAAGCGGGUUCCGGAAGCGUUCCUGCAGACGCACCGGUCACUGCUGCCGGAUCACUGGUUUUCGAUCAUCGAUCGAUAUCGGGACCAGCUGUUUGUGCUGGAGGACGGACCGGGGGAUACGAUGGUGUUUGCCUGUGAGCAACCGUCGAUGUCGGAUGCGGCCUCCAACACGUCGGAGGCACGGCAAAUGGCGGUGAACGAGCUGCAGUUACCGUGGGACCAACAGUACUGGGAUCUGUACAUCACGAACCCAGUUUCGACGGUCGAAGUUUGGGCACGGCUCGUUGGUGUCGACUAUAGCGAUAAAAUGGAUACGCUUAUAACAGACAUCGAAAUGGCGAUGAUGAGCGCCCAACCGAAGGCGGACGAGUCGGAGGCGGCGGUCGGCGAGUACCUUCUUGCGUCGGUCACCGACUGCUGGUACCGGGUGCGUGUGGACGAGAUCAACUACGACACCAACGAGUGCCAAUGUUUUUUCAUCGACAUCGGCGACAAGGAGCAGAUCCCGCUGGACCAGCUGUAUCAGUGCGACCCAAAGUACCUGGAACUGCCCGGUCAGGCCAAACGGUUCACGCUCGAGGGGUUGGAAGAUUUCAGCGAAAAUCCGAAAGCGAAGCUCCAUCUCGAUGCGCUCAUCAGUGGGCGAGUGUUUAUCGGGGAGAUUCUGACGAAGCGCGAAGAGUACGAGGAAGUCGAACAGGCCAGCGGUAUCGGGUCGGGGCAGUUGAAGCUGGCACUGUACGAUACCUCGUCCGACCACGAUGUGCUGCUGAACCCGGUUAUACUGAAGCACAUCUGCGACGAUACGCCGGAACCGGCACUAAACCGGAAGGAUGUAAAUGCGGUCACUAUUUCGUACAUUGACGACCAGGGCGACGUGUACGGUCAGCUGGUUGGUACGAUGGAGUACCUACAGAAACUCAUCACCAAUCUGACGCAGUCGAACGCGCUUGACGGCAAGUAUCGGGGUCUGUACAAAACGAAAGCCGGCGACCAGCAACAUCAGCUGUACCUGGUGCAGGACGAAACGGAUGGGAAAUGGUACCGGGCGGAACUGGAGGCCGAAGAAGCGGGCCCUUCCUGUCGCAUGCGGUACGUGGACGUUGGUUGCCGCCGGUGCACCAACGUGUCCAACAUCUAUCGCCUCGAGAUGCUCAGCCUUGCGCUCAGUCGCUACCCACCGCAGGCCAUCCGGAUGCGUAUGUUUGGGUUGGACCUCACCGAACCGCAGGUUCUCCCUCGGCUUCGUGCCCUGCUCAAACCGGCCAUGCGAGCGGUGGCGAAGGUGUGUGCGAUGGCGAAGCUGUCUCCCGGAGCGUCCGCUUCCUUGCCCCUGGUCAGGGUCUUCGUGUACGUUUCGCAGGCAGGCAGCGAGAAUAUUCCCGUCUGUGUCAACGAUGCGAUUGCCUUCGAGAAGGAGCUGGAACUGUGCUCGGAACUGAUCAGUGCGCCGCGCAUUUCGGACAGCGUGCUGAGCAAUGGUUCGUCGUCGUCCACCUCAAACACCUCCUCGUCGCUGCAGUCAACCUUUGGUGCCGGUGGCGGUUCACUAUCCAGCACCGACACGAAGGAUCUUGCGUUGCGCUUAGGUGACCUCAAGUUGGAGACUGGUAAAAGCAGUUCGUCUGGCUCUUCCGCCACUUCACCCACUGCAGCAGCAAACCCGAAGGCUGCCGUCGCAAAGCUGCCCCAAAUGACGCUGCCCGCCGUGGGCCAGCUGUUCGACGUGAAGGUGGUGAUCGCUUCGAGUCCGAACUACUUCAUCGUCCAACCGUACGCUUCCGCCCAGCAGCUCAACCGACUGAUGCACGAACUGCAGGACUUUUGCAUGAAGAAAGGCCAACCGGUUCGGAAGGAGCACGUGCGACAGUACGAGGUGUACGCGGCCCUCAACACGGACGGUCACUGGUAUCGUGUAUCCGUCACAAACAUUCUACUUGGCCCCACACCGAUCCAUGUGUUUUUCUGCGAUUUCGGCCGGAUCGGGAUGCUGGAUGUGAGCGCGUUGCGUGUGCUGCCAGCGAACUUUCGCGUCCUACCGCAACAGGCGAUCAAUGCCAAGCUGCACGGUGUCAAACCACUGCACAAGGACUGGCAGGCAGAGGAUGCGGUCCGCUUCCAGAAGCUGACGGUGGAGCGCAAAUUCGCCAGCAUCGUCCGGGGCGUCCAGGCGGACGAGCUCAAUCGGGACGAAAAGCUGGUGGAGCUCGAACUGAUCGACGUUUCGAGUGAGGAGGAUGUCUACGUGCACAAGACCCUCGUGGACGAAGGUCGUGCCGUGUACACGGCGGCCCAAACCGUUUAA